AUGGAGGCUCCUCUUGAGAAUCGUCUCGGGCGUGCGCUGCGCCUAGAGGAGCAGCCCCCAUUGGCUGCGAAGCAACUGCAGGCCAAUUAUGGCAUCGGCUAUGCGAUGCUUGUGAACAUGGGCUAUUCCGGCGGUGGUCCAACACCGCUGUGUGGAGUCCGGCGCAUUUCUCGCGCCGGACUGCAAGAAGAUGAGGAGUUGGUCGUGGAUGCCACCAUGAAGCGGGGAGUCAAGCGGAGGAAGGAGCAGUGGGCCAAGCUAGACGGACAACAACAAGAUGAUGAAGAAGAGCUUCAGGAAGAGGACAGCUAUGAUGAGGAGCUGUGCGGCCUUGGAAAAGCAUUGGUCCGAGAGCUUCGAUCAACGCGUGACAAAAAGAUGAGCAUUCCGCAGCUUGCGAAAAAGCCACGGGUUCUCAGGGUUCUCGACCUUUGGCAAAUUGAAGCCGACUUCGAGCGAUUUCUGAAACAAUUCGUUCGGGACGAGCUCCAGUCAAUAUGUGAACUGGUGCGCUCGUCAGGGAUUGCGAUCAAGAAGAUCACGAACAAAACCUCGCGAUUUGCGCGUGCCUGCGAGGAGGCAUGGAUGGUGCACUUGAAGGUGCGCAAGGCAAAGCCUGCUGCAGAGUUGACCACGCAGCCUCCUUGCAGCGACACAAGCGGCACAAGUCCUUCGCAAGGUGCAGAUAGCCUCUACCCGGAUGACUGGGGAGUGGACAUUGGAGCAGGCCACGGCGCAUGCGUCACUGCUGACCUGUGUGCCACGUUCCAGCGAUGUUUCUUCAGGAACUUCUCCGGCUGGUGCUGGCGACUUGCUCCGGCCAAGCCUGGCUUUUUGAUCAUGGGCCAUGGGCCGGUCUUGAAUGGCGGUGUGCUUCGGCAACGUUGCAUCGAACAGCAAGCAGCCAUGAGUUUUCAACAAUCAAGCAUUCAUCCAGCACACGAGGCAAAGCCGGCGGCUAGUACUGACUUUCGAGAUGCAGACGGCUACGACUUCGUGGGCGACUGCUGCUCCUUGGCCAGGAUUCCUGUGGGCUCCGGGACUUCCUGCCUUUCACCUGCCCUCACUGCAGCCGCAAAUUCUGUCAAGACCAUGCCGCCCCGGCUAAGCAUGACUGUGUCCGCGCACCAAAGUGUGGUUGCUGCUGUUUGUCCGCAGUGCGGAGCCACCGUGAAGUGGGAGGAUGCGGUUUCAAGCGAACAGGAAGCCAUGGCCAAGCACCGCGAGGUGUGCAAGCCCGUGCUACAAGCAGACAAAGAGAUCUGCCCUGCUGAAGGCUGCAAGACGAAGCUGAACACCAUGAACUCCGUGGUUUGCUCCGAAUGCAAAACCAAGGUGUGCUUGAAGCACCGCUUCGAGGAUCAGCAUCCUUGUCGAGAGAGCAAGGGGCAAUGGCUUUCGCGUCUGUCUGCCUCGGAGCGCCCGCAGAUGAGUCUGCGGCAAAAUGGUGUACAAAACUGGGGUUCCGGUGCCAGUGGAAGAGCUGCGCCACUACAGCCGUCACCACAUACAGGCACGCUGAAUGGUGAGAUGCGCGUUGAUGGCUCGAUCUCAGCUCAGGCCUCCUCUUCUCGACUCGUCGAGCUGCGAAAUGCGCUUGGUAGCUCCGAGGAGGCCCGACUUUGUUUGACAACCUUGCGUAAGCUGCUAUCGAAUGUUGCAGCUGAUCCUCGCAAUCCGAAGUUCCGCAGUGUGAAGCGAGACAACAAGGCCAUCCAGCAAAAAAUUCUAGACGUGCCUGGCGGGGAGGAGCUGAUGAUCGCUGUCGGCUUUGAGAGCUCGGGCGAGACACUCAUGCUGCCUGAGACAGUAUCUACAAAGCGCAUCGAGGCAAUUCUGCAGCUAAUAUUGUCAUGA